AGGCCAGGUUCCCACUAAGCCCUAUAACCAGCUAUGCUCAACACCAAGAAACUUGUGCGCAUGGUGCGAAGGUGGCAGAGGCUGGCUGCCUCGGGAAGGAGAAGGAUCACGCCGGCGGGAGCUGAUGGUGCUGCUGCAUCGGAGACGAGCAAUUCAUCGGUUGCGAGUAGAGGCCAUGUCUUCGUGUACACCGCCGACGGGAAGCGCUUCAUGGUCCCCCUCACGUAUCUAAACAGCAGCAUCUUUCGAGAGCUCUUCAGAAUGUCGGAAGAAGAGUUUGGAUUGCCAAGCAAUGGACCGAUCACAUUGCCUUGUGACGCUGCCAGCAUGGAGUAUAUCAUCUCCUUGCUUCAGAGCCGGGUUUCUACAGAUGUGGAGAGGGCUGUGGUUGCUUCCAUCGCUAAGAGCCGGUGCACAACAUCCUCUCUGCUUCCACAAGGAGACAACCAGCAGCAGCUGAUCCUCUAUGGCUUCUAGCGUCGUUCUGAAAGUCCCUUUUCCAAGCAUAAUUGUAAAUAUAAUUUUCAUUCAAUGAAAAAUAAUUUAACUUUCUAAAGCAGA